AUCAUGGUAGACCCCAGUAAGAUAGAAGCUGUGAGCAACUGGGAAAGACCCAAGAACGCCAGUGAGAUCAGAAGCUUUCUGGGAUUAGCAGGUUACUACAGGAAAUUCGUAGAGGACUUCUCCAGAAUAGCCUCCCCACUAACAGCUCUUACCAGAAAGAAUAGAAAAUUUCAGUGGACAGAGGACUGUGAGAACAGUUUCAGCGAGCUGAAAAGGAGAUUGACCAGUGCACCUAUUCUGACGCUACCAGAGAACGCAGAUAGCUUUGACAUAUAUAGUGAUGCCUCGAAGUUGGGACUAGGAGCAACGGAGCGGGUAAAUCAGGUACUCGAAGAUAUGCUCCGAGCAUGUGCCCUAGAUUUCAAAGGAAGUUGGUGCAAAUAUCUGAGUCUAGCAGAAUUUGCAUACAACAACAGCUAUCAGACCACUAUCGGUAUGGCACCUUAUGAGGCUCUCUAUGGGCGGAGGUGUAGAUCUCCAAUCUGCUGG